AUGAUCAGUUCCACCCCCAACCCAGUGAUGUCAUUUCCACUAUCUCUUCGACAACCUUCUCCAUCAAGAGGAUAUGACACCUUCCACAAUUUCCUUCCUUUACCUCCCAAAAUCCGCAGCACAAUCUGGCGUCUAGCUUUCCUGGAAACUCAACCGCCUCGUCUCAUCGAAGUUCGUGCUCACACCGAAAAGAAUCUAUUUUGGGAUAUAGAUUGUGAGAAUAUACUCUUUCCCGAGCCAACAGGAUCUACUGUAGUCAGAUGGACGGAAAUUAACCCGCGAGGUCGAUCUGUAAUCGAGAACGUAUCAUGUGAAAGCAGGAAGGCCGUGGAAGGAAUGUGGGAUUUCUGUUUUGGUGAUACGCACAAGGAGGGUCUUGGCAUGAUCGAACUUUUCAACGGAGACAACGGAGUCGAGGAUGCGAGAUAUGUACAAAGAAUGAUUGUUGAGGGAGCAUUCGGUCCCAGUUUAAGGAGAGGAAUCAAGUUCUUGAAGGAUCGGGACACAAUUUACCUGAAAACGAAGGACUAUGAAACUAUGAGAGCAUUGCUGGAUUCGCGGGCUAGCAUGGUUAAUUUGUCGAGUUUGAAGAAAGUAGCGAUCGAUGUGCUUUGGAAUGGUAAUUACCUGUUGGAAAAACAGCUUUUUGAGGGUUGGCAUACGAAAGAGACGAGAGCUGCUUCGAAAGGAGGACAUAACAUAAGCGAGAUCAGAUAUCUUAGAGAGGAACCAAUGUUGAAGGGACUGGAGGAACUGACGAUGGUCAUGGAGGAUAAUCCACGACGAAGGGAGUACCUCUCUGAGAUUCAGGACUUGUCGUCUCAACUUGAGGGGAAAUUGACCCUCCCUAAACAGAUGGUUACCAUGGAUAGUGUUUCCGAUGAGGAAUUGAUGGAAGGAAUGUAUUUGGCUGUAGAGCGUUUGGAGAAAUAUGAGAUGAUGAGGAAUGGAGAUGUUAAAGUUGAAUUGGUCAAGGAAGGCCAACUAGUGGCUUGUUGA